UACACUUGGAUACUCAGUCUGAAACCGCUGAUUGAGUAGGGGAGCACAAUGCCGGAAGUGGGGUUUCGGGAUACGGACUUUCGGGAAAGUUGACACUAGAUUCAUCUACUUUUCCGAAGGAUUAACGCGUUUCCGGGUGCCGGCGAUCGUCGGGUUUUGUUUCACUGUUUCAUUCAUCUUCUCUUCUGCAAUGGGGCUCCCUGCGCUGGAAUUCAGCGACACCUUUUUAGACAGCCCUGACUUCAGAGAGCGACUCAAAUACCACGAAAUUGAGCUGGAUCGUACGAAUAAAUUCAUAAAGGAACUAAUCAAAGAUGGCAAUAUGCUUAUCAGUGCGCUUAAAAGUCUUUCUGCUGCUGUACAGAAAUUUUCCCAGUCCCUUCAAGAUUUCCAGUUCGAGUGUAUUGGUGAUGCAGAGACAGAUGAUGAGAUUAACAUUGCCCAGUCAUUCAAGGAAUUCUCCCAGCUGUUGAAUACCGUGGAGGAGGAAAGACGGCGACUUAUACAGAACGCGGAUGACGUCUUGAUCACACCGCUGGAGAAGUUUCGUAAUGAGCAGAUCGGAGCGGCCAAAGAAGGGAAGAAGAAAUUUGACAAGGAGACCGAGAAGUAUUACACAGUUUUGGAGAAGCACUUAAGCCUGUCUUCUAGAAAGAAAGAGUCCCUUUUGCAGGAGGCAGAUGCCCAGAUAAAUAAGGAAAGGCAGGUCUUCUACGAUGCCUCUCUGGAAUAUGUUUUCAAAAUCCAAGAAGUGCAAGAGAGAAAGAAAUUUGAAUUUGUUGAGCCGCUCCUGGCAUUCCUCCAGGGAUUGUUCACCUUUUACCAUGAGGGUUACGAACUGGCACAUGAGUUUGAGCCAUACAAGCAACAACUGCAGUUCAACAUUCAGAACACAAGGAAUAAUUUUGUGAGCACAAGACAGGAAGUGGAAAAUCUGAUGAGAAGGAUAAGGUCUGCAGAGCAGGACUUUAAAGCCCCAGGACAGUGGACUAUGGAGGGCUUCCUCAAUGUCCAGGAGAAGCGACCCCUGGGGUGCACAUGGAGUCGACAUUACUGCACAUAUGAGAAGGGGACCAAAAUGUUUACAAUGAGCAACUCAGAGUUCAAGUCUGGAGGCAAACAGAAUGGACUGAUCAUGAGUCCCCCUGAAAUGUUUAAGCUAAAGUCCUGCAUUCGACGGAGGACAGAUUCAAUAGACAAGCGGUUCUGCUUUGAUAUUGAGGUGGUGGAAAGAGGUAGUCGCUGUGAAGGGCUUCUGUUUCGUUAUCUCCAAUGUUUCUUUAAAGCCUGUCGACAUGGCAUCAUCACACUGCAAGCACUCUCUGAAUCCAACAGACGACUGUGGAUGGAGGCCAUGGAUGGAAAAGAACCGAUUUACACCCUCCCAGCCCUUCUGAGCAAGAAAGAGGAAACAUUCCUAAAUGAAGCAGGCUUUAAUUUUUUAAGGAAGUGUAUAGAGCUUGUAGAAGCAAGAGGCAUAAAUACAAUGGGGCUGUACAGAAUAGGUGGGGUCAGUUCUAAAGUGCAACGACUUAUGACCUCAAUUUUUGCAGCCAAUGCUCCUACGGAUAUAGAUCUUGACCCGGACACCUGGGAUAACAAGACCAUCACUAGUGGGCUGAAGAAUUACCUCAGGUGUCUCACAGAACCCCUCAUGACCUACAGAUUCCACAAAGACUUCAUCAUGGCAGUCAAGUCUGAUGAUCAGAACUACAGAGUCUGUGCUGUUCAUGCCCUCCUCCACAAGCUGCCAUACAAGAACAGAGAGAUGCUGGAUAUUCUAAUCAAACACCUGCAUGUAGUUUCCACACACAGCCAGAAGAAUCUGAUGACAGUGUCUAACCUGGGUGUGAUUUUUGGCCCCACACUCAUGCGAUCGCAGGAAGAGACAGUGGCUGCCAUGAUGAAUAUCAAGUUUCAAAAUAUAGUUGUGGAAAUUCUCAUAGAAAACUAUGAUAAGAUAUUUCACCAAGCUCCUGACCCUAACGUCCCCCUACCACAGCCUCAGUCUCGCUCUCACUCUCAGUCUCGUACCAGCGCUCCCCGUAGCAAAGCCAUCUGCCUGUCCACAGGAUUCUGCAAGUCCAGAGGCCUGUACCCUCCCACCCUGUGUCUGGCUGAUGCUGACAGUGACACAUUUAGUAGCAGUCCUAGCAGCACUCCCAUGGGCAGUAUGGAGUCUCUCUCCUCACACUCUUCAGAGCAGAACAGCUGUUCGAAGACGGGCUCCCCUUUGUGUUCCAAACACAAGGCAUCAGGAAGUCUGUGCUGGACAACUCACUCUCCCUCCUCUAAUGGGCCUAAAAUUUCUGCAUGCACCACCAGCCCUGACUCCAGCUCCAAAGAGGACACCACCAAGACUGAUGGAGAAUGGGAAGAGGCAUUAAGUACGAGCCCAGGGGAUCGAGGGUCACCAGUACCAGAGCUCCUCCAGAGGCCCCUAGGGGAGCAACUGGAGGAGAAUGGUGAGGAACAGCGCAGUCUGUCCUCCUGUUCUUCUCUCACUUCUCUCCAUAUCUCUGAAGGUUUCAGGAGCUGUCACGGUUCUAUUCAGAGUCUUGUAUCACGGGGUCAGAGAGACAGUGUGAAGUCCCUGCAUCUGCCAGAGCUUCCUUCUAAAGAGACCGUAAGACACAGAGCUGAUUCUUCAACCAGCAAUGGCUACCAGAGACCUGGAUCUGUAGUGGCCUCUCGGGCAGCAAUCUUUGAGAGCGCUGUGAUUUCCCAACCUCUUUUGGGAAGAGAGGCAAAAGCCUUGUACCCCUGUCAAGCAGAGCACAGUCAUGAGCUCAGCUUCCCUCAGGGGGCGCUCUUCUCUGACGUGUAUCCCUCUGUUGAACCUGGUUGGCUUCAAGCAACAUAUGAAGGCAAAACUGGACUGAUCCCAGAGAAUUAUGUGAUGUUCCAGUGAUGGGGCUGAAAAAGACUAUGUUCAUGGUAUCCAUGGUGAUCAUUUCUGAAAAAAGGGACCAUUUAUGUUAAUUAAUGCCAAACUGUAUAUAAAUAGUUUUAUUGCAUAGCAUUAUAAGCAGACCAUUUCAUAUGAUAAUGUUUUUAGGAUGUAGAUAUUACAUUUGUCUUAAAUGUAUUAAUAAAUAAUACAUUUAUGCCAAUAUUAGAUUCUAAGACAAUAUAAGAUUCUAUAUUCAGAUUCUUCAUAAAGGAUCAUUUUAGUGUUCUUAUCAUUUUUGUCCUGUAUUUUAAUAAAAUAUCUUCAAAUGUAUUGAAUUAUACUAAUGUACUUUAUAAGUUUUGUGGUGUUUGUUAAAACAAUGUUAUUUUAACAAAGUGUCCAUUAGUUUAGUUUAUACUGAAUAUAUUUGUGAGUUUAAUAUAGUGCAUUUUAAAUGAAGUAUGAUCAAGAAAGGGAAAAUACUUCUGAUGUGUUAAAUUUUGUUGUUGAGUGUGUUUCAUAUACGUGUCAUGUAUUAUUUUGUGCUCUUUGAAAAAAUGCAGUUUAUGUAAUGGUUCUGCUGUGUUUUAUUUUACACUGGUUCAGCAUUUCAAGAUUUUUAAAUGGAAAAAAAUAUGAUAUGCAGAUUAUAAUAUUGGUCAACGUUAAACGGAAAGUAAUUUUACUUUUG